CUUUCCCCCUCUCCCCGAGGUAGUUUGCUGAUGUGCAGCCCGGAUCCAUCUUCUGGCAGCAUCAGCGGGACCGGGGUCGGCGGCGCGGCGGUCGGCGGGCGCGCAGCGGGGCGCGGGCCGGGCGCGGAGCGGGACGCGGGCAGCAGCCGCCGCCGCCGCCUCCUCCUCCGCGGGAAGUUUGGCUGGGCUUUGACAGAGGCGAGGGGAAGCCCUGACAGACAGGAUCUCCCGGCCUGAGUCCACCCCCUGCGCCCACCCACACACCCAGCGACUUUUCCCCGGCGAGGGGGCAGGGGGGGCAGCGGGGGCAGCGGCGCUCAUGCUCCUCACUCUGUGUCGCACCCGUCUGACCGUGGCUACCUAGGGAGCACCGUCUCUUGGAAGAGACUCCAGGUGGAGAAGGAAAAAAAUACCAACCUCUCCCAAAACCUAUGGUUUCUCCAUCCCUUACCCUCCUUUCCCAAGCCGGCGUGGACAGCAGAGCCGGCCGCCUAGUUCACCCUCGCCCUGCUCGCCACCUCUCCGCCCGAGGGAGGAUGAAGAUGCUUUGCUGGAGGAUGGCACUGUGGCUGGCCGGGUGGACUGUCUGCGGGAAGCCUUCUUCCUGCUCUGGCCUUGAUUAUGACUACACUUACGAUUUCACUGAAGAGGAUAAAACCGAGGCGAUAGAUUAUAAGGAUCCUUGCAAAGCCGCUGUCUUUUGGGGAGAUAUUGCCUUAGAUGAUGAAGACUUAAAAAUGUUUCAAAUUGACAGGACGAUUGACCUUACGCAGCACUCCAAUGAAAGACUUGGCCAUAAUACAGGUGGCUUUGGAGAGCAUGGAAUGUCAAAAAAACGCAGUGCCCUCUAUCAGCUUAUAGAGAGGAUAAGAAGAUUUGGCUCUGGUUUUGAGCAAAAUAAUACAUCUAAAGGAAGAGCUACCGUAAAAUUCUCAGGGAAAAAUGAGAAAAAUCGAUUUCCCAGAGCUGCUACAUCACGAACAGAAAGGAUAUGGCCAGGUGGUGUCAUUCCAUAUGUAAUAGGUGGAAAUUUCACUGGCACUCAGCGCGCCAUGUUCAAGCAGGCCAUGCGGCACUGGGAGAAGUACACCUGCGUCACCUUCAUCGAGCGCAGCGAUGAGGAGAGCUACAUCGUCUUCACCUACAGACCCUGUGGGUGCUGUUCUUAUGUGGGUCGAAGGGGAAAUGGUCCUCAGGCUAUAUCCAUUGGCAAGAACUGUGAUAAAUUUGGCAUAGUUGUCCAUGAAUUGGGUCAUGUGAUAGGUUUUUGGCAUGAACAUACACGACCAGACCGUGAUGACCAUGUCAGCAUCAUUAGAGAAAACAUCCAACCUGGUCAGGAAUAUAACUUUUUGAAGAUGGAGCCUGGAGAGGUGAACUCCCUUGGGGAACCAUAUGACUUUGACAGCAUUAUGCACUAUGCCAGGAACACCUUCUCAAGGGGCAUGUUUCUGGAUACCAUUCUCCCUUCCCGUGAUGACAAUGGUAUACGACCUGCCAUUGGCCAGCGUACCCGUCUAAGUAAAGGAGAUAUUGCACAGGCAAGAAAGCUGUAUAGAUGUCCAGCCUGUGGAGAAACACUGCAGGAAUCUACAGGCAACUUUUCUUCUCCUGGAUUUCCAAAUGGUUAUCCUUCCUACACACACUGCAUAUGGAGAAUCUCUGUGACCCCAGGAGAGAAGAUCGUUUUAAACUUUACCACCAUGGACCUUUACAAGAGCAGUCUCUGUUGGUACGACUAUAUUGAAGUAAGAGAUGGCUACUGGAGAAAAUCCUCUCUGCUUGGCAGGUUUUGUGGUGACAAACUGCCAGAAGUCCUCACAUCCACCGACAGCAGGAUGUGGAUUGAGUUCCGCAGCAGCAGCAACUGGGUUGGGAAAGGUUUUGCGGCAAUUUAUGAAGCUAUUUGUGGAGGUGAAAUUCACAAAAAUGAAGGCCAGAUCCAGUCUCCCAAUUAUCCUGACGACUACAGACCAAUGAAGGAAUGUGUGUGGAAAAUAACAGUGUCAGAAAACUACAAUGUAGGAUUAACCUUUCAAGCAUUUGAGAUUGAAAGACAUGACAACUGUGCAUAUGACUACUUGGAAAUCCGAGAUGGAACAAAUGAAAACAGUCCUUUAAUUGGUCACUUCUGUGGCUACGACAAGCCAGAAGACAUCAGAUCUACCUCUAAUACCCUGUGGAUGAAGUUUGUUUCUGAUGGAACUGUUAACAAAGCAGGAUUUGCAGCUAACUUUUUUAAAGAGGAGGAUGAAUGUGCCAAACCUGACAAUGGUGGCUGUGAGCAGCGCUGUGUAAAUACCCUGGGCAGCUACCAGUGCGCCUGCGAUCCUGGCUACGAACUUGGUCCUGACAAGAAGAGUUGUGAAGCUGCUUGUGGAGGACUCCUGACAAAGCUAAAUGGGACUAUAACCACACCAGGGUGGCCAAAAGAGUACCCUCCAAACAAAAACUGUGUGUGGCAGGUGGUUGCCCCAACGCAGUACCGAAUUUCGAUGAAGUUUGAGUUUUUUGAGUUAGAAGGGAAUGAGGUUUGCAAGUACGAUUAUGUGGAGAUUCGCAGUGGCCUUUCUUCUGAUUCCAAACUGCACGGUAAAUUCUGCGGUACAGAAGUGCCUGAAGUUAUCACCUCUCAGUACAACAACAUGAGAAUUGAGUUCCGAUCUGACAACACUGUCUCAAAAAAAGGCUUCAAGGCACACUUCUUCUCAGACAAGGAUGAGUGUUCAAAGGACAAUGGUGGCUGCCAGCAUGAGUGCAUCAACACGGUAGGGAGCUACGUCUGCCAGUGCCGGAAUGGAUUUGUGCUACAUGAAAACAAACAUGACUGCAAGGAAGCUGAGUGUGAGCAGAAGAUCCACAGUCCCAAUGGCAUCAUCACGAGUCCCAACUGGCCUGACAAGUAUCCCAGCAGGAAGGAGUGCACGUGGGAAAUCAGUGCCACCCCUGGACAGAGGGUCAAACUGACAUUCAAUGAAUUUGAAAUAGAACAACAUCAAGAAUGUGCUUAUGACCACUUGGAAGUGUUUGAUGGUGAAAGUGAAAAAUCGCCAAUCCUGGGACGCUUAUGUGGCAAUAAAAUACCAGAUCCUCUCAUUGCUACUGGAAACAAAAUGUUUCUCCGCUUCAUUUCUGAUGCAUCAGUUCAAAGAAAAGGCUUCCAAGCAACUCACUCUACAGAGUGUGGUGGUCGGUUGAAAGCCGAACUCAAGCCCAAGGACCUGUACUCGCACGCCCAGUUUGGUGAUAACAACUACCCGGUCCAGGCAGACUGCGACUGGCUGCUGGUGGCCGAGCGCGGCUCUCGCGUCGAGUUGAUGUUCCAGACUUUCGAGGUUGAGGAAGAGGCAGACUGUGGCUAUGAUUAUGUGGAGCUUUUUGAUGGUCAUGAUAAGACAGCAGUGAGACUUGGUCGAUUUUGUGGAUCUGGGCCACCAGAAGAAAUUUAUUCAGCAAGAGAGUAUCUUUUGCUUCACUUUCACACUGAUGAUACAAUCAACAAGAAAGGAUUUCAUAUACGAUACAGAAGUAUAAAAUAUCCAGAUAACAUGCACACCAAAAAAUAACACAAGAACCUCUAUGCCAGAAAAGAAGAGUGAGAAAGAAAGAACACACAGUGAAAAGGAAGGAAGGCGUGUCAUUUUUUUAAAAACUGAAGUUAUUAGCACAAAUGUUUAAUAUAAGUUCAGUUGAAAUGCUGACUUUUAAGACCAGAGACUGAAAUAAAUAAAAGAAUAAAAUCACCUACCCCAGUGGAAUAGUCAAGAUGAUGAUGUGCAGGCUCCAUACUUGACUGUCUCUGCAGACCUUGUGAAAGGACUUGGCAUGCAGGGAGAGUAUAAAAGCUUUUGUUUAUGGUCCAAUAUUUGCUAGAGCCGUGUGUGGAUUCAAUCAGUUUCAUUCAGGGGAAGUGACCCUGCAGACCAUUCUUCCUUCUGACAAUUGUAUGGUGUAUGGGAGGAAAAGAGGCUCUUUUAGGUCACACACUCAAAAUACUGUCUUUCUACCUAGUUGCUUUGACUUUGAAUCCUGUGUGCUGUGUGUACAAGGACUUGAAAGAAGAUAUGAAAUGGAAGGUCCUUCCUGCAUUGUUCUGUAUUUUUUACAAAUUCACCUGUCAUAUCAGGUUGUCACUGUUCUGAAACUGGAAAAUCCUACUUCUGAAACAUAACUGAUCUUAUAGAGUAUUUUGUUUUACUAAUGACUGAGAACUCUGAACUGUUACAUCAGUCAUCACUAGUGACCAAUCACCAGUUGACUGAAUUUUAAUGGUGUAAGCAUCUGAAAAUGUUUGGUUUACUGGUUAAGUAAGCUAUCUCUGAUGAUGUGCUCUUAUUUUGCACUGAACAUAGAAAGAGACUGAAAUUAAAACCUGAAUCAAAAUCUGUAUCCAUGAGAAAGAGAAAUAGUCAAGGAUCCUCUGAAAGUCCUCCUACUGAAUUUGUUUUCAGCAGUACAUUUGAAACCACUGCUAAGCUUUAUUACUUUGGACCUUUUUGUGAAUGAGCUAUUUGCCUGAUUCAGUUACUCUGAAAUGAAGCUGCAGUAGUGUCCAAAAGACAAGUUUCCCAAAGAGGUUUUUGUUAGUUUCUUUUCCUAAGAGUAAGACUAUCCAUGAUGGUGAAAAAAGGAAAACAAAACAACAGACCCAGGAUUUUUUUGAUAUGAAGUGUGAAUUCCUAUGGUGCUAUUCCAUGAACAUUAAAAAAAACAAACAAACCAAGAAGUUUUAGACUUUUGAGCCAACAGUUUGCAGAUCAUGAAUGUCUCACUAUACCUGACUGCAUCUGGAGAAGGAAGGCUUUACUGCUCCGAUGGAAAGUGGGUUGCAAUGGCAGUGCUAUUCCUGUGGAACAACUACUAUUAUUGCCUUAGAAUCCUCGCACACAAUCAGACAGAUCUUCCUGUAGAUACACUUCUAAUUUGAUAAAUAAUCUGACAACUCAAGCAUCUUAGCAUAUGCUAACAAAAGGAUCUUCAAGCAAAAGCCCCAUCUGCAGAGAGAGAUCAUCUGCUGUAAAUACAGUGACCUGCUUUUGUUGUAGAGAUAUGUUACAUUUAGAACUGAGAUAUUCUAUGUGCUUUAGGCCAAACAUGGCUCUAGUCAUAAUGUAUAUGCAUUAUGUAAGUAUUGUAUGAAUGAGUGCUCCAGGAGAGUGAGAGGUAUUGUAUGGGUGAAUAUGGAAUUGUUUCUUUAUGUGCCAAGUUCUAUCAGGACCCUGUUUGACUGUAGCAACUUUUCUUUAAAGGCUUCAUAGACAGAUAACAAGGACUUCUAGUUUGCAAGAAUCAAGUUUAAAUAAAUAUUAUGUUUCACUUACAAGAAAUAUUAUUUUGAUAACCUUUGAUGUAAGUUGCUACUCAAAUUAGCUUAGUUUUUGUUUCCUUCUAUGAACAUACAUUGGCACUAAUAAAUCUGACCUUUUUUAUAAAAAUAAAAA